CAGGUCUGUCACUAACAGUCAUACUGAGAACUUGUCUAUUUCACACUUCAUAAUAUACCAUCAAUGAGUGAGGAAGUAUAAUCUGCUCAGACAUGAGCAGUGCCAGUAACUCUCUGGCACGAGAGUUUUUGUCCGAUGUCAGCCAACUUUGCAAUGCAGUGGACCAAAGGGUGGAAACCAGGGAGGAAGAGGAAGAGAAAACGCACAUAGCUGCGCUUGGGCAAUAUCUUAUCCAAGGUCGUGGAUAUAUUUUGCUUACUAAACUUAAUUCCAUAAUUGACCAGGAGCUUACCUGUCGAGAAGACCUCCUUACUCUCCUAUUAUCACUUCUGCCACUAGUAUGGAAAAUACCUGUAGAAAAAGAAAAGGCCAUAAAUUUUUAUCUGCCCUUCUCUGUUGAAAUAUGUUUGACCAAAGAGACAACCCUAAGUUCUCCCAAACCUACUCAGGAAAAAGAAAAUAUAGGAGAAAAUUUUCAUCUGUCUGCUCAGGCUUCUGUAAAGCUAAAUUCUUCUUGGAAGAACAGACGUCAGCGCAAAACUACUCAUCGAUAUUCUGUGAGGGAUGCAAGGAAAUCCCAAAUCUCCACCUCUGAUUCAGAAGGCAAUUCGGAUGAGAAGACUAGCACUAUGAUGAGGCACAGGAGACCACAGCUUCUGCAGCCUUUUCUAACAAACCAACCUAAAGAACAAUCUGUUACAAGUAGAUGUAACUUUCUAGAAGCUGAAAUGGCUCAGAGCUGUAAUUCUGGGAGGGAGAAUGCAAACUCCAGACAGUUCAUUCCAGUUCAAGAAAGUAUUGUUCAGGCUUCAGAUGAGCUGGUUACAUCAUCUGUCAGUUGUCUAGACAACUCUCCUUUUGAUUUGUGCCAUGUCUUACUGUCGUUGUUAGAAAAAAUAUGUAAGUUUGAUAUUGCCUUGAACCACAAGUCUGCAUUGGCAGCCAGUGUGAUAGGCACGCUAACGGAAUUCUUGUCUAAGCUUGGAGAUUGUUACAAUAUAAAUAGUGCUGCUGAAAAUGAAGCUGUUUCAUCAAGUUGGACAGAAGAGUCAGUUGCUCUGGUUCAGAGGAUGCUCUUUAGGACAGUGCUGCAUCUUAUGGCAAUGGAUGUUAAUAAUGCUGAGGCCAUGCCUGGCAAUUUGAGAAAAAAUCUUACUGAUUUACUUAAAGCAGCCUUAAAAGUGAAAUGUAUUCUAGAUAAACUAUGUCAUUCUUUUGCUUCAAGACCACAAGAAACUUUACAAAACAUAAUUCAGGCUGACCUUUUCUCACAGUAUCGCCACAUAUUCCUUCUUUUGCCUGAGUUCAUAGAAGGAGUUCUGCAGAUUCUAAUCUGCUGCCUUCAGAGUGCAGCCUCUAAUCCCAUUUAUUUUAGCCAAGCAAUGGAUCUGGUUCAUGAAUUCAUACAGCAGCAGGGUUUCAAACUGUUUGAAACCACGGUACUCCAGAUGGAAGGAUUGGCUGCAAGGGGCACGGAGGUCAACACAGAAGCGUCAGAGUAUCUCAGAGCCCUCAUCAACAGCAUUAUGAAAAUAAUCAGCACUAUCAAAAAGGUGAAAUCGGAACAACUUCAUCAGUCUGUGUGUACAAGAAAACGACACAGACGAUGUGAGUAUUCCCAUUUCAUGCAUCACCACAGAGAUCUCUCAGGACUGCCAGUUUCUACUUUUAAAAAUCAAGCUUCUAAGAGUCCUUUUGAAGAAACAGCUGAUGGGGAAGUUAAUUAUCCUGACCGGUGUUGCUGCAUUGCUGUUUGUGCUCACCAGUGUCUGAGGUUGCUGCAGCAACUUUCUCUGAACAAUACAUGUUUUCAGAUCUUAACUGGUAUCCAUAAUGUAGGCAUAUGUUGUUGCAUGGAUCCCAAAUCAGUAAUUAGCCCUUUGCUUCAUUCCUUCAGAUCACAAAUAUGUAAGAAUUUUCAGCCACAUAUAUUAAGCAUCCUUAAUAAGUUUAUUUUAGAUCAACUUGGAGGAUUGCAAAUUUCUCAAAAAGUGACACAUGCCUCUUGCAACAUCUGUAGCAUUGACUGUGAUCAACUUGCGGAACUUGAUGACUUCCUACAUGGGAAUGCUACUGAAGUAUCAGCGUCAAGUUCAUCAGCUCCAUAUAGGUUUCAAGGAAUUUUGCCUAGCAGAGGAUCUGAAGAUAUGUUUCUGAAAUGGGAUGCCUUGGAGGCAUAUCAGAGUCUUGUUUUUGAGGAUGAUGACAAACUGCGUUGCAUGCAGAUUGCUAGUCAUAUUUGUAGUUUGAUCCAAAAAGGCAAUGAGAUUAUUCAGUGGAAACUGUACAAUUAUAUAUUCAGCCCAGUGCUCCAGAGAGGUGUUGAAUUGGCUCAUUAUUCCCAACAAACUGGUGCAGCUACUGCUUUUAGUCAAACAAGUGGCUAUCAAAAAAUAUGUUUGCCUCAGGAAAUCCUUCAAAUCUAUUUACAAACUCUACCAAUACUUUUUAAAUCCAGAAUAAUACAAGAAUUAUUUUUAAACUGUAAUGGAAUAAAUCAAAUGACUGAAUUAAAUUACUUGGACAGCGUGAGAACAUACUCACUGAAAGUAUUUGAAACAUUAAUAUUUUCUCUUGGAGACCAGCAGACAGAUCAAUUGAUGCCAGAUGUGGAUGGUUUAGACAGUGAAGAAAAAGUGCCUGCUUUAGACUUAGGUGUUUCAGUUCAUAGACAACAAGUGGUUUCAGAUGUGCCUCAGAGCCUAAGUAAAUUUUAUGCUGGGCUCAAAGUCUAUCCAAAAAAGAAGAAAUCAGUCAAUCAAGAUGUUCACAUCAACAUGAUAAAUAUAUUUCUCUGUGUUGCUUUUUUAUGUGUAAGUAAGGAAGCAGAGGCUGAUCGAGAUUCAACAAACGAUUCUGAAGAUACUUCAGGUUAUGACAGUACGGCUAGUGAACCUUUCAGCCAUAAGCUGCCAUGUCUGUCAUUUGAGAGUUUGUCUUUACCUUCCUUGGAACAUAUACACAGGGCAGCAGAUAUUUGGUCAAUGUGUCGUUGGAUCUAUUUGUGCAAUGCAGUCUUUCAAAGACAGUUCCAUAGACUUGGUGGCUUUGAAGUAUGUCACAGAUUAAUAGCCAUGAUUAUAGAGAAACUUGGCAUGAAAGGAGAAAAGGAAGAAGGUGAGCAGGAGAAGCCUAUUGAAUCUCUUUUCAAAAAUUGCUCAUUACAAUUGAUACUGAACAGUGAGAAAGGGCAGUCAGACCAUAAUAAUAUUGAUGAAAAUCUUGACAAUAUAGGUCAACAGAAAUGGCUCUCUUACCAGCAUUCUGAUGCAGAGCAGGCUUCAGCUGAUAGCACUGCAGAAUCAAAAAAUGUCUUAAUGCAAGAAAAUGACUGGUCGCUGCAAGGUAUACGACUUUUGGAAGCUCUGCUGGCAAUUUGUUUACACAGUGCAAAUAAUUUCCAGCAGAAGACCGAAAUGGAGUCUCUUCUUCAGAACAUUUGUGUGGAAGACAUAUUACUUGAAAUGAGGGAACAGCUUGUAAAAGCUAGAAUAAUGGAAACAGCGUUGGUAAAGCCUUUAUUUGAUUCUUUGCUUCGAGUUGCAUUGGGAACAUAUUUUACUGAUCUGGAUCGUUCCGAAGAAAAGAAGGAAAAGAUCCAUCAGUCUGAAAAGGAGCCUGCAUCUCGGCCUGGUGAUAUAUCUGAAGAAGCUGAUGAGUCACAGUGCUAUUGUUUUAAAUUUUUUGCUGAAGAAAAAGGCUAUGAUGCUGAUAGUGAAAGUAAUUCUGAUGACAAUGAAAGCAAGGAUGAAGGAACAGACAUUAAAAGAGAGAAAGGAUGUUUUGGCUAUUGCAGUGUUCCUAGUGAUCUUGCUGAAAAUAUUAUUCAAGGAGAAUUGAUAUAUCCUGAACUAUGUAUGCUGGAAUUACAUUUACUUUCUGUUGGCAAUCCAAGCCUAGAUGUGCUCGCUCAUGUCUUCCACAACUUCUUGAAAGUAGUCAGGUUGAAGGAAAAAAAUGCAACAUUAUUAAUGCAACAGGGAGCUGUGAAGAGCCUUCUGGGAGGAUUCCUCCAUGUGUUAACCCAAACAGAUUCCAGUUUUCAUGUAUGUCAGAAAACAUUAGUGGAUCUGCUGGUUUCUCUGAUGAGUUCAAGUACAUCUUCAGAAGAGCUCACACUUCUUCUAAGGAUCUUUUUAGAAAAAACACCUUCUACGGGUAUCCUCCUUAAAGGGAUCCUAAAGAUUUUGGAGGCAAAUACCAGGCUGAGGCCUUUACAGCAUAUCGUAUUUCCUUUGCACCAAAUUCCAAGUUUAGGAAGCAGCCCUUGCCAAAAGCCAGCUCCCACACUCAGCAGCAAAACUGUAGCAUUACUGAGGCGAGCAAAAUUAGUCCAGUCAAAGAAAGAACCAGAGGGUGAGAGUUUGCCACACCAUCUUCUCUCUCCAUGGCAUGUGGCUCCAAUCCAUUUGCCUCUGGUGGGGCAAAAUUGUUGGCCACAUAUGUCUGAAGGAUUCAGUAUCUCAUUGUGGUUCAGCGCUGAAUGUAUUCACAGAGCAGGCAGUUCCUUGGAGAAAGGUAAAAGAAUGAAAAGGAGGAGCAAGUCACUAAUUUCACAUGACAGCAGUUUUGAUGAAGCAGAAGAAGGCAAAUCCGGAUUUGAUUACUUCAGUUUGGGAGACAAACUUCUUGAAGAUGGCUGCCUUCAUAUAUUUUCAUUGGGCUCUAAAGCAUUGAUGAUACAAGUCUGGGCUAAUGUGAACUCAGGAGCUUUCACAUUUCGUAUGUGUAUGGAUCCAAAUGAUGAAAUGAAAGCUGGAUUAUUAGCACAAGCUGAAACACCAGACAAUACUUUCCUUGUAGGCAAAUGGCAGCAUUUGGCACUAACAUACACUGAACAACCAGAAAACAAGAAAAAUAUCCAUGGAACUCUCUCUCUGUGGAUUUGUGGUCAGAGAAAACCUGACAUCUGUUUAGAUUAUACACUUCCAAGAAAAAUGAGUUUGUCAUCUGACUGUAAUAAGACAUUCUGUAUGACAGGCCAUUAUACAUCAUCCCAAGAUGAUUUUUUGCAGUUAACUGGGAGAUGGAGCCUUGGAAAUUUGCUUCUCUUCAAUGGUGCAACAAUUGGUCCUGAAGAAGCAUUUUAUCUCUAUGCUUGUGGACCAGAUUUCACUUCUGUAAUGCCAUGUAAAUAUGGCAAAUCAGUAACUAAUUAUUCCAAAUAUAUAGAUAAAGAGAUUCUACAGUGUGAACAAAUCAAAGAACUUCUGAUGACAAAAAAAGAAGUAGACACUGGGCCUUUAAUUGAAAACCUUGCUACAGUUUAUACCACUUGCUGCCCUGGUUACUACACAAUCUAUGAUCCAGUAAUCACACUUAAAGGUCAAACGAAAAGCAUUCCUUCUCAGCGACCUUUCAGUUCAAAAGAAGUACAAAGCAAUUUAUCAGAUCCUCAUUAUCUGAAAAUGCUACAGCCUGCUGAAUACAAAGGUCUCCAAGGCAUACUUCAUGAGAUUGGUGGAAUUGGGUCGUUCAUCUUCCUUUUUGCCAGAGUUGUAGAGAUCAGCAGUUGUGAAGAAACACAAGCUUUAGCUCUGAAAGUUAUCCUUGUCUUAACAAAACACAAUCAACAGAGAAUACAUGAGUUAGAAAACUGCAAUGGUUAUUCAAUGAUUCAUCAGGUGUUGAUAAAGUCAAAGUGUAUUGUUGGAUUUCACAUUUUGCAGACUCUCCUUGAAGGAUGCUGUAAUGAGAAAAUGAUCCAUCUAAAUGAGAAUGGACAAUUCAUACUUGAUGUGGAAUCUAGAGCAAUAAUCCAGGAUGUUAAAUUGUUGGAAGAGCUACUGUUUGAUUGGAAGAUAUGGUCUAAAGCCCAGCAAGGGGUGUGGAAAACACUGUUAUCAGCUCUAGAAACACUUAUCCAAGAUAAUCACUGGCAACAGCUAUUUAACAUUAAACAACUUCUUAAAGCUCGAGUUGUGCAUCAUUUCUUGAGGACAUGUCAAGUUCUGCAGGUACCAUGCCAUUUUUUAAUUUGAAUAUGAUAAUCAUAAUAUGUAAGAGAAGAUGUGUGUGU